GGUAGCGCCAGCUGUGAAGAUUGACGUGGAUAUACAUAGUGGCGCAGCAGAGUGGGUACGUGAUGGAGUUGGUGGGGGAGCUACAAUAUGGAGAUACUCUUUUGGACGCGGAAGACGACGCCUCAUAUGCAGAUGACGAAGACGUGGCCAACUACAGUAACUAUGCUAACAUUUAUGCAGGGUGUGAGGAUUGGGAAGCAGAAAGUGAGAGGAGCCGUGACGCGGCAGUGUGGGACAGGGACGAGCUUAAAGGGGGGGUUGGAGGGUGGUGGGAUAGCCUGAUGGCGCUCUCCUAUCAGGUCACUGCUGAGAGUGCCAUUACUGCCGGUGACACUCAUCCUCAUCAGGGUCAGGGAGACCAGGCAGGUGUGUGCGAGGUGGAGAUGGGGUUCAUGGCAGCGGCGGCAGUGGUGGAGCAGCACCAAGGAAUGGGCGAGAUGGACGCGAAGGGAAAGAUGGAUGCCAUCAACAACAACAAUAACAAUAACAACAAUGACAUCGUGAAGGCGAGAAGGGAAGGGGCAAAACAGCUGAUCUUUGUUGUCUGGCAGAGGGGAGGAGUAGGAUAGUCGAUGGUGGUAGCUGCUGCCUACAGAGAUCAGUUCGAUGAAGAUGCCUCUCGCCAGGAUAUCAAUUCAUUUGCAGGAGUUCA